AUGGAUGAAGAUGAGAAAGACAGGGCAAAGAGGGCUUCACGUAACAAGUCUGAGAAGAAGAGGCGCGAUCAGUUCAAUGUUCUCAUCAAAGAGCUCAGCUCCAUGCUCCCAGGCAACACUCGCAAAAUGGACAAAACUACUGUGCUGGAAAAAGUCAUUGGCUUUCUGCAGAAACACAAUGAAGUCUCAGCACAGACGGAGAUUUCUGAAAUUCAGCAGGACUGGAAGCCUUCGUUUCUCAGCAACGAAGAAUUCACCCAGCUGAUGUUGGAGGCAUUAGAUGGCUUCAUUAUAGCGGUAACCACAGGUGGAAGCAUCAUCUAUGUGUCUGACAGCAUCACACCUCUUCUAGGGCAUUUACCGUGUGAUGUCUUGGAUCAGAAUUUGUUAAAUUUCCUCCCAGAACAAGAACAUUCAGAAAUUUAUAAGAUGUUAUCUUCUUGUAUGCUUAUGACGGAUUCUGCCUCAUCGGAUUACCUAAAAACUGACAAUGAACUAGAGUUUUAUUGCCAUCUUCUGAGAGGAAGUUUGAACCCAAAGGAAUUUCCAACAUAUGAAUACAUAAAAUUUGUAGGAAAUUUUCGGUCUUACAGCAAUGUGCCUAACUCCACUUGCAAUGGCUUUGACGAGGCUGUCCCAAGGGCUUACAGAACACCCCCGGGAAAGCAGAUCUGCUUCGUUGCGACUGUUCGUUUGGCGACACCUCAGUUUUUAAAGGAGAUGUGCAUCGUGGAAGAACCUCUAGAGGAAUUCACAUCAAGACACAGUCUGGAGUGGAAAUUUUUAUUCCUGGAUCACAGGGCACCGCCGAUUAUAGGAUACUUGCCUUUUGAAGUGCUGGGUACUUCUGGCUACGACUAUUACCAUAUAGAUGACCUAGAGCUGCUAGCAAGGUGCCACGAACACUUGAUGCAGUUUGGCAAGGGGAAGUCGUGCUGCUAUCGGUUCCUGACCAAAGGACAGCAGUGGAUCUGGCUCCAGACCCAUUACUAUAUCACCUACCACCAGUGGAACUCCAAGCCAGAGUUCAUUGUGUGCACACACAUGGUGGUAAGUUAUGCAGAUGUUCGGGUGGAGAGGAGACAGGAGAUGGGCUUGGAAGAAGUGUCCUCAGAGGUUGUGUCCUCAGCACUAAAGGACAGUGGCACCAGCUUGGAUCCUGAACAGCACUUUAAUGCACUUGAUAUUGGUGCCUCAAUCCUCAGCGCUAGUCGGACACCCUCAGUAUCAUCCAGGAGCUCACCAAAAUCUUCCCACACACCCAAGUCGGACCCUGCAGCUACACCAACAAAGCUGAUUGCAGAGUCUAACACUCCCUUGCCAAGAACACCGAGCACACAGCAGGAUUUGUCCGUGCACAGACUCACUCAGCCUACUGCUCUUCAGGUUUCUUUGCCUUCUCAGCCUCCAUGUGAGCUUCUCUCACAGCAAUUGCUGCCUCAAGUAACUCUGCAAAAUCAGCCUGCACCUCUGGCACAGUUCUCGGCACAGUUCAGCAUGUUCCAGACGAUCAAGGAUCAGCUAGAGCAGCGGACCCGGAUCCUGCAGGCCAACAUCCGAUGGCAGCAGGAGGAGCUCCAGAAGAUACAGGAGCAGCUCUGCCUGGUCCAGGACUCCAGCGUACAGAUGUUCCUACAGCAGCCGACGGUGUCCCUGAGCUUUAGCAAUACUCAGCAGCCGGAGCCACAACAGCUACAGCAGAGGUCAGGGGCCAUUUCUCAGCAGCAGCUCGUCCCCAGUCCUCAACUUCAAGGGCAAAUCGCAUCUUCGCAAACAGCGAACCAGCAAGCACUGAGAGAAGCAAGUGUGAUAUCGAGCCAG